GGCAUCUGCUCAUCACACACACCGACAAUAUGCAGACGAAGAAAAGAUUUGGACCAUAUUGGACGUUUGGAGGCAACAAAACCGAACAAAAAAAAGCUAAUCUUAGUGUUUUCAGUUAGUCGACAUCAUUGUUAUACAUCCAUGGUCUGCACACGUACGAUUAUGUCUCUAUCCCGAGAGAGUUCAAGUUGAUAUUGGACCACAAUAAGUCGGUGAAGCUGUUCCGUGUUUCUAUAUUAUGGAGAAUAAGGCGCCUGCUGUGCUGAAUGCGGUUCCUCCUUACGGACAUGUUAUUGCCAGCGAGAAAUGGAGAAACUCUUCCCUUAUUCAAAGCUUAAAAGGUGGUGGUGUGAAAAUCCUCUUUGAGAACGAGCUCGGUGUGGCAGAUUUCCACCUGCCCAACAAGAGCUGCAUCCUGUACGUGUCCGAGUGCGACAUCGUAGCAGGAAACGGCUACAAGAGGAAACUGGUUCGCUACAGAAAUUCAAAAAUAAUCGCAAUGAGAUCUUUUCCUCGUAUCGUGCAGCCCUGGUUCACUCUGCUGUCUGAUGCUGAUUGUCCCACCUGCUCUGACGGUCUCCAGGUUCACGGGGAGGACCGAGAGAACCCCUUCAGGAGGAGGAGUUCGUCCCGGCUGUUGGACCCGCUGGUGCUGGCUAUGGUGCAGCAUGUCCCCGGGGUCGGCAGGGUCAAGGCUCUGGCCCUGCUGCAGCAAUUCUCCAGCAUCCAGGAGCUGUGCAACGCCCCCCCCGCUGAGCUGGAGCCCAUCGUGGGUCAGGCUGCUGCUCAGCAAAUCCACAGCUUCUUCCACAAGCCCACUACUGCUGGCAACUGAAGGCUGGACUGGAAGGUUUCGGAUUUAAUGCCGAUAUUUGGGGCGGCAGUAGCUCAGCCCGUAGGGACUUGGGUUGGGAACCGGAAGGUUGCUGGUUCAAGUCCCAGUACGGUCCAAAGUACAGAGUGUGGAUUGGUAGCUGGAGAGAUGCCAGUUCACCUCUUGGGCACUGCCAGGUGCUCUAGCCCAGAUGGUCUAGCCCAGUGAGUGGGCUAGACCAUCGGUGGUCUCUGUGUGUGUGUGUGUGUGUGUGUGUGUGUGUGUUUCAGACCUGUGUGUAGUGUAAAUUGUAAUUUCCCCACUGGGGAUCAAUAAAUUAUUGAAUUAUUAAAUUAUUUACCGAUGAUUGUUUCCACAAUAACAGCAUCAAUUUUCUUUUUGUACAGUUUGAGAUUUUCCUUUUUAAUUGUGUUAAUUGCGUGUUAAUUGUGUUUAUGAGCCCUGUCCUUUUGUUAUUAGCUUGGACUAAAAGUAUACGUACAUAACAUUUUGUGAAUGAAGGAAAAAAUAUAGUAAUAUUACACCUACA